GCAACCUCUAAAAACGAAAACACGCUGCAUUGCAAUCGGUCAGAGCACAGCCGAGCGACAGUAACCAGCUAGUAGUGAGACAUCGGAGAGAGCCAGUAUGGGACUCAAGACUGUGCUACCUGUCCUGACGCUGUUCUGCAUCAUCGGAGCCGUCUGGUGUCAGUCCUGCAGAGACGAGGUGUGUGAAGCAGAGGGAAAGAGGGACGACGACGAAAACAUCCAGGACAAGUGCUGCGAGUACUUCAGAGAUUCCUGCUGCAGCACCGAGGAAAAUGACUACCUCACUCUUCUGUUCAGGCUUGUCGUAGGCCUCAGUGUCACGGUCUUUGGACUAAUUGCUCUAUUCCGACUGACACUUGGACUGAGUAUUGGGAUAUUUGGACUGUUGGUGAUCAUAUCGGUCAUCAUUGUCUGCUGCUGUUGUUGCAUCUGCUGCGACUAACCACACCCCCUCCCUCCCUCACUGUCCACCAGCUAUAUUAACACUAACGGAACCGAAAGAAUCAUGACAUGCCUUGUGAAAUAUUAUUUAGUAAAAUCACACAUUUUGUGAUAAUUUAUUUGUGUAGUUUCUUCGGCUGUACACGUUUAUGCACAGAAUUUUUAUCGCACCAUGUUGUAUGUAUUUUUAAUCCCGAAUCAUUCAAUUGUUUUGUAGCCAUGAAGAUGUAAUGGUGUGAAUUCAGCAAUAAAAUGGUAACUAAUGGCAUCGUCUCAGACCACGCCCAAUAAAAAGGGUUACGGGGUGCAUGCAGGUGGAUGAAAAGCAGUCACACGAGAUGUGUACCUCUCGAACAAGGACACAAUGAUUGGCGAGCAAAGCAAGCAUACAUACCUGUCGUC